AUGCUAGCGACUUCAACAUAUCUUCAAACAACAACCUCGACGAAACGCUCUGUGAAGCAUAAAAUCAAGGAGAGCGACACGCUAGCUGGCAUAGCUAUUCACUACGGCAUUCCCAUUGAUGAUUUAAAACGAACGAAUAGAAUAUGGGACACUAGUGACAUACAUCAGCUCUCUGAGCUGUCGAUUCCGCUCGAACUAUGCUCUGUCGCCCAUCUAUAUUCCAGACUACCCGCUCACCAGCAGUCAGAGUCUUUUGGAGACACGUCUUCGUUGUCCGAUACUGGCUAUAGUAGCUUCACUGGAAACGGUGAUGUGCUGUCUCUUGACGAUCCCUGGUCGAAUAAUCAUCAUAGAAAUAGUAGUAGUGACGAGCGCGAGGACAAUGCUCACCAGAUACUCACUCCUUCAGAUCCAAGACCAUCUUUCGCACGUCAACAGCUGCCUCUUCAUCUACUACCGCAGAUCCCACCACCUAUAAUAAACCCUUCAAACGCCGCAACACCAACAUCAACAGCCGAUAUAUUACGAGCUGUAGAUUCUGAUGUGGCUACCGCACUCUCCAGUAUAAUAGCCGCUGCUGCAAAACCUUCCAAGCCCGUCAUGACGUACUUUAAUCUAGAACAACCUAAUGGGUCAACAUCGUUAGCUAACGGAUCAGCAUUCACGACAAGUCCUAUAUCGCCUAUAUUGGAAAAGGGGAUUAUACAGGAUCCAAAUGUCAUGUGGCAGCAGUUUGUGGGAGUAGGCAGGCAGCCUGGCGUGAGAAGAACUAGAAUCAGGGCAGACAGUUCUUUUGGAUCUGGGGAUGCUUGGUCUUGGAUUUACAAUUGUUUUGGAUCAUCAUCAUCAAUCCCAUACACUGAUCUCCCAACAGAAAGCGAAAACCACACACCGAUAACAAACCACACAGAUACCAGUGUAAAAGCCACCAUAACCAGAUUAUUCGAAUCCUGCAUGCGAAACUUGGGCAUAUGGUCUUCAUCCCCACCAAUACAUUUAUCACGAGACUCAUCAGGUCUACUUGGCUUUGACUCAAGAAGUGAAUCACGACCAGAUUUAUAUGGUAGUACGAGCCAACAACGUGGUGUCAUAUCCAUCUAA